AUGGCUGAGCAUGGCGAUGGCAACAUCAAGGUCGUUGUGCGAUGUCGGCCUCUCAACUCCCGAGAAAUCGCCCGUGGCGCGAAAUGCCUCGUACGCAUGGAAGGCAACCAGACAAUUCUCGACCCUCCCGAGGCAGGGUCCGCUGGUGCUGGCCGCGCGACUGAGAGGAAGCCGAUGAAUUUCGCGUUUGAUAAGAGCUAUUGGUCCGCGGGCCCAAGGGAUGAGCCGAACUACUGUUCACAGCAGACCCUGUACGAUGAUCUGGGAAAGGAGCUGUUAGAUCAUGGGUUCGCAGGAUUUAAUGCGUGUAUCUUGGCCUGUACGUUCUGGAAAGUCAUACAGUCACUAAAGUUUUCAAUUCUGUCGUCCAGCAUGAUGGGAUACGGUGCGGACAAGGGAAUCAUCCCACUUACCUGUUCAGAACUGUUUACCCGAGUUGAGGAUAAGAAGGCGGCAGACCCAAAUGUCAGCUUCACCGUCGAGGUCUCGUACAUUGAGAUCUACAACGAGAAAGUUCGUGAUCUUCUGAACCCAAAGAACACAGGGAAUCUGCGCGUCCGCGAGCACCCUAGUUUGGGUCCUUACGUUGAAGAUCUGUCCAAAUUGGUGGUCAGUAGCUAUGACGAGAUGAUGCAGUUGAUGGACGAGGGAAACAAGGCACGAACCGUUGCUGCUACAAACAUGAACGAAACUUCGUCCCGUUCGCAUGCUGUAUUCACCCUCAUCCUGACUAUGAAGCGACAUGACGUUGACACCAACCUCGAUACCGAGAAGGUUUCUCGUAUCAGCUUGGUCGAUUUGGCUGGAUCCGAGCGUGCAAACUCUACCGGAGCAACAGGACAGCGACUCAAGGAAGGUGCUAAUAUCAAUAAGUCGCUGACGACGCUCGGAAAGGUUAUUGCAUCUCUCGCUGCGGCGAGUCAAAAUGAAGGUAAGAAGGGAAAGAAGGGAAAAAUGGACGAGUUCGUGCCGUACCGAGAUUCUGUCUUGACCUGGCUACUGAAGGACAGCUUGGGCGGUAACUCGAAGACGGCCAUGAUCGCGGCUAUCUCUCCGGCCGAUGUCCAGUACGAGGAAACACUCAGUACAUUGCGGUAUGCCGACCAGGCCAAAAAGAUCAAGAACAAGGCCGUGGUGAACGAAGAUCCCAACGCCAAACUUGUACGUGAGCUCAAGGAGGAGCUGGAGAUGCUUCGAGCUCGUGUCUCCGGUUCUUCGAGUGAAGCCGUCUAUGAUCCCAAGAUUCCUGCCUCCCAGCAGAAAGUCACUUACCAAGCCAAGGAUGGUACGAUCAAGACUGUCACCAAGGCAGCAUUGCAGGAGCAGCUGGAAACGAGUGAGAAGUUGAUGCAGGGUCUGAACGAGACAUGGGAGGAGAAGAUGCAGCGGACACAGGAGGUUCAGAAAGAGCGGGAGAAGGCGCUUGAGGAACUAGGAAUCUCGAUUGACAAGAAUAAUGUUGGCGUGCAUACCCCAAAGAAGAUGCCUCAUUUAGUCAAUCUGGUUGGUCGGCUUGACAGCGAGAAGCCCGCCGCGAUCCGGCUUAGCGGUGAAAGCAUUGCUGAAGAGCAUUGCUACUUCGAGCACAGCGAUGGAAAGGUGACAUUGCAUGCCAUGCCAGAUGCCGUGACAUUCCUCAACGGUCGACAAAUAACCGCUGGACAGACUUACAAGCUGCGGACAGGCUUCCGUAUUAUCAUGGGCGAGCACCACGUCUUCCGUUUCAAUAAUCCUGAAGAGGUUCGCAAACAACGCGAUCGCUUGGCGAAAUCAAGUAUGCAUAUGAGUAUCACUGCUACUGACUUACAACACGGUGGUACCCCGGGUGAAGGACAUACACGUCCAGAGUCGCCCGCUUCGUCUGUCGAAUUGAAUGAUGUGGACUGGACCUUUGCCAAGCGCGAGGCUGCGUUUGCAAGAUUAGGGCUGGACCCUACGCUCGACAACCUGCCUGACGAGGACUUGAACAAGCUCUUCGAGAAGAUUACCAAGGUCAAGACAAUGCGGGACCAUAACUCUAAGCCGCGCCCGGAAAGUAGUCUCAGCCAGGCCGAUGAUAUUUGGAGCGAGACGGGUCGUCCGGCCGCAAGCGAUGCAUUUACGGACGACACCAGCGUGGACGCAAUGGCCAGUCAUGACAGUCCGGACGUGGGCGGGUCGCUGAAGGAGGCCCAGAACCAACUCGAGACACAGCGCAUAGAGUUCGAGUCGCGCCUGCAGGCAAUCGCUGAGUCUUCGGAGGCCGAGGACCUCAAGAUAGAGAAGGAGCAAAUGGAACAUCAGCUGAAGUUGGUUCAGAACCAUAUGAAGCGGCUGCUGGACGCAAGAGCACGAGGGGAGAUAGACGCAGAGCUGGAAGCGUUCGAACCAAUCAUAUACACAGCCAGGCAGCUCAGGCUCAUUCGGAAGACCCUGGACAAAUGGAGAGCACACCGUUCGUUCUCAAUGGCUGAGGUUGUGUUAUCCACUGCUGUCUUUGUGAAGGAGGCGAAUAUCAUCAGCAAGGAGCUCAACAAAGAUGUGUCAUACAACUUCACUGUUGCGUCUGGCGGCUCACUAGCGGCGCCUGUAUCAGCCAUUGAUUCGAUUGCUGGUUUGGAUCUGUUUGGCGAUGUGGUAGACCCUGUGUUAGCUUCGGCUACCCAGCCUUCAGUCGCGGUGAAGGUGUUGGACAAACGCAACAAAGCAAUCUAUGCCUGGUCUUUAGAUCGAUUGCAGCAGCAGUUGCAGCGCAUGCGCAACCUAACUACCUUCAUCGAUCGCCCCUCUUACUCUCAACACUUCUCUUCUGAAGAGCCGUUUUACGAUUCACCGCCGCCGGAAUACUCAUUCAUUGGCAACGCCCUUCUCUCUUUGGCGCCACUGUCUCGCCGACUAUCGUCUACAUCUGUUGUGCCAAUCUUUUGCCGCUACACAGCCGAAGCGAUCGGUUCAUGUCGUAUAGACGUAAAGAUUUCCAACGUAGUUCUCUCCUCAAAGCACGCUAACGCAUCGGCAUCGUCGACUCGGCCACCAUCCCCAGUUCCCGGAACGGUGCCACCGGGAAGCAAGAUCAGUUUCAUACUGACCGUAGACUCAGUGAAGGGGCUAUCGCAUCACGAUUUCUCGUCCGCGCACAUACAAGUUCGGCUGUCAUCUUUCAUGGGGCCUUUCAUAUCGUCUGAAGAGGUGUACCCUUCCUCGGCAAUCGAUAUGGACACUGCAUCCCUUUCAGACCUCAAGUUCCGCCGUAGCUUCUCCAUCGUCGCGUCAUCCAGAGUUCUCACGUACCUUCGGCAGGGAUAUGCACCAAUCGAGUUCUUCGCUCGCUUGAAUGCCACAUACCUGGAGCGUAUGGAGCGGUGGGACGAACUCCGAGAGCAGCGGCUACCCCCAUCAACUCAUUCGCCAUCGCCCGACAGCAAUUCUGCUAAUCUACCGCUGAUGAGGCGGUCCGAGACCGACUUCGUCGUGGAACAGACUCACGAUGUUGUGGCUUGGCUGCAGAUUAGCGAACUGGCACCAGAUGGGAUAUACACUCCCGUGCCUGUAAUCUCCCAAGGUAACCUCGACCCGGGCGCGUUCCUCCUGCAUCAGGGCUUGCAGCGUCGGAUUGUCUUGUCUCUGUUUUCAAACUCGGGACGUCAAUUACCGUGGACGGAAGUUACACGAAUACGUAUUGGUAACAUCCGACUACUCGAUGCGAAGGGACGCUUGCACGACGCAAGCUCCAAGGCGCUUGUGACAUUACCUCUAUUGCAACAGCAGGCUGUUGACUUCAAAAUGGAUGGUACUGGCACUCUCUCCGCAGAAGCCCUAUGGGACACAAGUGUGCACAAUUCUAUCCUGCUGAACCGUGUCACAGGCUCCAAUCAGCGCAUUAUGCUACAAAUCAGCUGGUCGGUGAACGUAGACGUCUGCGCUGAGCCUGUGCAGUUCACGAUGGAUACAGCCAUGUCCAUACAGUCACGCGAUGCGCGACCUCCCUCUCGCUUCAUGUCCCUUCUCGGUGCAACCAAGAUCAUACCGAAGACUAGCACGGUGUUUACGGUCCGCCUUACGCCACCACUAACGCGUUCGCCGAAGGAUCUCUGGCGCCUUGACACUGCAGAGAAGUAUGUGCGUGGUGAGGAAACAUUGGGUGUUUGGAAGCCACGCGGUGUCUCUGUUGUGGAAGAUUACAACAAGCUGAUCUCGAUGGAGCGAAGGGCGGCCGAUGUACAGGCUGUUAGGGUCAUUCUCGCCACAUCCCCCACUAGCCGCAUCAUGCAGUCAGAUGCAGUAGUAUGGGCGUCUGAGGGCCUGAUGCGCAAGGCGUUGAAUCUCUGGCAAAAGAAGUUCGGACAUCCAGGCGAGAUUGUAAUAAGCCAAGAUCCGGUCGAUCCGGAUGAGUCUAGCGUGAUGUCUGGCAAGACAUCUGGUACGCAGUCGACCGAAUCCAUUAAGCUUAUGUCCUCUACAAAGGUUGUUCCGCGCAAUGACGGGCCAACAAAGAAGGGGCAUAUGAUGAUCAUGGUAGACGCAAAUGAGAAUCUCUGGGAGAAGCGGUGGUUCGUGCUCAGAAGACCAUAUCUGCACGUCUAUGCUCAUUCAAACGAGGUCGAGGAGACCGCCAUCAUCAAUCUCAGUGGCGUGAAUAUUGAGCGCAAUCCCGAGAUGGAAGUUCUGCUAGGGAAAAAAUUCACCUUCACCCUCUUUACUGCUUCUAACUCCUAUGCACUCGCUGCGCCCAGUUUGAAGGAGCUGCAAGCAUGGACUUCUAAAUUAGACCCAACGCGGGUCCCUUCAUGA